AUGUCCAAAUCUACCUCCCCCCAAGAAGCUCUAGGCUCCGUAAACAAUGCUCCUGCUACUGCUCCUGCGAGUGGGGGUGGUUUUUGGUGCAGUUUCAUGCGCUGUCUGGGGUUCAACAAACGUUACAACCUCAUCUUAUGGAUAUUCUUCGGCGCCGUAAUGUUAGGAUUCGCUACCGCGAGGCUCGGAUUCCUGGAUUUGGGGCCGAACGGAAUGUUCUGUAGACAGGCUGGGCCCGGCGAAUGUUUUUGGCUAGGAGAUAAACUUUAUAAGAUCGGAAUGUACCUACAUCUAGCCUGUAUUCUACCAUGCAGCAUCAUCGCCGUAUUCCAAUUUCUGCCAAAAAUUCGACAUCAAGCUCUCAUCGUACACCGUAUCAACGGCUACCUCGUUCUCCUCCUCCUAAUCGGCGGUGUCACCGGCGCCCUAAUCAUCACCCGCCAUGCCUUUGGCGGUGAGGUUAGCACCCAGGUUGUCUCCGGGACCGUCUCUGUAGUCACGCUCGUGUCUGCGUUUCUCGCAUACUACAACAUCAAGAGACUCCAGAUCGACCAGCACCGCAAGUGGAUGCUGCGCACCAUGUUCUACAUGGGGAGCAUCAUCACCACGCGGCUUUUCAUGGGGAUCAGCCUACCGAUUAUCGGGGGUUCUCAGAAAUACGACACAGUGUGGGAUUGUGAUCAGCUGAUGUGGACAGCGAAGGCGGAGGAUGUGGCCGCGUUCUAUCCAGAGUGUCUGGGCAAUGAAACUAUGAGAGUUGUGGUGCCGGCGAGCUUUGAUAGGGCGGAAACUGUCGGAAGUAUACUGAGGUUGUCUUUUGGGGUCGGUUUUUGGCUGGCGUUCGUGGUACAUGCGUUUGGAGUUGAGAUUUAUAUCAGGUUGACAGCGGGCGAGUCGGAGAGGUUGAGACGUGUGUCGUAUGAGAAGCAGGUUGAGGCAGGAAUCUCGCCGGCUGGGAGCGCAGGGACUACAAGUGACCGGUUUGGAGAUGGGAGGAAGUGGACGCCGCUCGCUACAGCUGAUGGAGACUUUUGA